CAACUAUCAUUUCACGUGAUGAUUGCUAGAUCAGUCCUGUCGCACAACCAAUAAAGGGAUUGUGGCACAUGUUUUGGUUCCAACACCACUCCUACUGCGAUCUGUUCAGCUGCCAUAGUCUGCAUGAUUCCGGCCUCCGAUCCGGCUUCUUGUUUGUCAUGUUCAUGUUGUUUCCCUGACUACAGUAGGGUCCACCUUGUAACCGGACCCCGGAAGAAUGCAGUAUGCAGGUAUGGUUUAACGGUCGCCACCCGUUCACAAAGAGAUACCGGCGUCGAUCUCGCUAGCGCGAAGGAACGGGAGUUCGCGGGUAGGAGUAUGACUGAUUCACCGGUUACAACAGCAAUACGUUUCAUGGCAUCUGGCAGUUACCAGAGAGACAUAAGUCUUAAUGUUAAUUCUGCUAUCAGUCAACUAUCUGUGAGCAGAUGCACUGAUACAACAACAAGAGUUUUAAAUCAACUAAAUAAUAAAUAAACUAUAAUCAACCAUAUAAUAAAUAAAAUUAAAUAGAUGGGUUAAAUACUCUUCAACUUUGACAGAAGUUAGAUCGAUAAGAGAUAGGUAAAUAUUUUUUUAAUAUACAAGGUAUUUAACGCAAAACACGGCAACACUAUUUACAGAUGAAAUAUGUAAAACAAAAAGUACUCUAUCAUUACUCGAAGAAAUACAUAAUAUUCUCAGGUAUUAAUAGAAGAAGAUUAGCGAAUCAAUACAUGUAAUAUGAUAGAAAGAACUGUAUAACUGGACUUUCAUUCAAGAUAUCUGAAUCUUUUGACAAUAUUUUGGUAUCAGUGAUAGUGCAAAACUAAACAGUGCAAAUGUAUAUUAUAAGACUGUCCAGUAGUAUGUAUUGUUCGCCGUUUUCAAAAAGUUGUCAAUAUGUUGAGACACUUUGAAGGAAACUUAAACUGAAGAGCCGCCUUACCAGAUUGUGCACAUUGAUUCGCAAAUGUUUUUCUAUUAAUCUUCGGAUUUUACGUCGUGGUUGUUUGCAAAAUGAUUUUGUUUGGUGUGCUUUAUCUGCAUACGAAUCUAUUGUGUUUUGCGUCAGAUAUUCUGCAUAUAUGAAAUUUUCUCUGUGGAAGAGUUUGAUGAGCUAU